CCUUCAACUCCUAACCGUUGAGAUGCUCCAGACAAACAACUACUCGUUGGUGCUGCUGGUCCAGCUGUCCCUGCUGACCUUCGACCUUUUCGUCAACUCCUUCAGUGAGCUGCUGCGGGCGGCACCCGUCAUCCAGCUGGUGCUCUUCAUCAUCCAGGACAUCGCCGUCCUGUUCAACGUGAUCAUCGUCCUACUGAUGAUGUUCAACACCUACGUGUUCCAGGUCGGCCUGGUCUCCCUGCUCCUGGAGCGGUUCAAAGCCUUACUGCUGCUGUCGGCUCUCUACCUCACCCUCAGUAUCUCCUUCCACUGCUGGAUAAUGAACCUGAGGUGGUUGGAAUCCAAUCGUUUUGUCUGGACCAACGGUCUGCAAGUCCUUUUCGUCUUCCAGAGGGUUGCGGCCGUGUUGUACUACUACUUCUACAAACGGACCGCAGAGUACCUGGGGGACCCGCGGCUGUACGAGGACUCUGCCUGGCUGAGAGAUGCGUUCGCCAGGGCUCGUCAGUGAGGACGGGGCUACCGUCGCUGCUGAGGACCCCCAGGGGGGGCUGUUCCAAAACCUCUCUCUACUGUGUGCAGAGGUGAACGUGACUGUGGACUCGGUUGGAGCCACCUGAAGAUGCGCGGAUCUACACAGGGCAUGUUCACCCAGAUGAACGGGCACUUCUUCAGCAUGUUCUACACUAAUAUGAACUUCCUUGCAUCCCUGUAACCAGGCAAACGUUGACACUCGAGCACAAUCAGAAGCACAGGUUGUCUUUUUUUAAAUUUUUUACCUACAUACAUAAUGGCUUACAUGAAUUUAACUUGGUGUUUUUUUUUCUCAGAUUUGAUAUUCUGUGUUCUAAAUGGCAACUUAAAGUAGUGGACUAAUUAAGGAAUAGAAUGUAAUUUGUAUCCUGAAUGGAUUCUGUGAGUGGAUCCUUCUUCAGACAGAAAAUAUAUACUAGUCCAGUUUGCCUUUUUGAUGUUACAUUUAAAGAAUGGAUAAAACCAAAUAAUUCUACUGGAAAGUUACAAU